AUGUCGGCGUCUCAACGAAAAACUCUGAGCAUUUCUGAACAGUUGGAGCUCAUCGACGAUGUCAAGGUGAAGAAACUCAAACUGGCCGCUGCAGCCAAAAAGUACAGAAUCGGUUAUUCAACAGCAGCAAAAAUUCUCAAGAAAGAAGACGAUCUCAGAUCUUGCAUGCAAAUGAACAGAAACACUAAUCGCAAACGAAAGCGCCAAUCCGUGCACAAGGACUUUAACGAAGUGCUUACACAAUGGUUUACGCAAGCAUGUGCUCAUGGAGCUACCGCCACCGAUCACGUCAUCAGGCAGAAAGCAUCACAACUGGCCGUAAAUCUUGAAGUUGAUUUUGAACCGAGCAAUGGCUGGCUCAUGCGCUGGAAGCAGGCCAAUAACGUUUCGUUCAAAAAAUUUCACGGCGAAUCAACGUCAGCAGAUCACGGUUCUGCCAACGAAUGGGUGACAAACGUUUUGCCGCAUCUUUUUCGUGGAUAUGAUCCAAAAGAUGUUUGGAACUGUGAUGAAACGGGAAUUUUCUACAAAGCCAUGCCGUCUGGAUCUUUGCGAUUUGCCGGCGACGAACAGUCAAAUGGGACAAAAGUUCCCAAAGACAGACUCACGAUGCUUCAGUUCACAAACAUGGACGGCAGUGAAAAGCAAGCUGUAGUUGUUGGUAAGUCGGCAAAACCACGGCAAACAGAUUUUGACGAAUUUAUCAGCUUCGACGACCGUACACAAUGUUAUGGAGAACUGACUGACACGUGGUAUAAAAUCGGAUGA